GGAAGUUUGUUUUUCCUGAUUUGCCAAACCGAGCCCAACCACAAGGAGGCGGUACCCAAAUCAAGAUAUCCAAGGACCCUGGACCGGCCGUGCACGGCGACCUCAAACGUGCACAGAUAAAGUCAUGGUCUCUCCGUGAAGGUUAAACUGAUGUACAGAAAAACACCAUCGCUGGGACGUCAUAACUGCAGAGUUCAGAGGAUGAACGGCUGCGGGGGAUUAUGAGAUUACCAACACAGCUGUCUACUCUCAAAGCCCCCCUGUAGGAUUGUCACAGUCAUCUGAUGUCCCCCUUAAUGUCUGCCGUCCUCCCAGCAUCCUCCAGUGAGGUGACGGGAUCCAGCGUGCUGCAUGGAGCUCUGCUCCUCUUCAUCAUACAGCUUCAACAACAAGGACUCUGAGGUUGAUGACGAAGAAAGGAUAACUUAGGAUAACCUUUCCUCAACAUGAGCCUCUCCCCCCCCUCCCUCCUUCUUCUUCUUCUUUUUUCCACCAUUCCUCAUGGGCCCUUACUGUCCUGUGUGGGGGCCAGGAAGUUGUGUCCCCUGCACUGCACCUGCUACGAGCUGGCUGACCUGGUGGACUGUCGCGAUCAAGGCCUCGCCCAUGUUCCCAGAGGUCUCCCCCAUGGGACGUGGCUGCUGGAGCUGGGGGGGAACAACCUCACUGUGAUCAGCAGCCGCGCCUUUGCCGGACUCUGGUCGCUGCGCGUCCUGGUGCUGACCGGCAGCAACAUCCGGGACAUCCAGCUACAGGCGUUCUUUUCUCUGUCCUUCCUGGAGAAGCUGGACCUCAGCUGGAACCAGCUCUCCACCCUUCCUGUGGACUUCUCAGCCAGUCUGUCGGCUCUCAAGGAGCUGCGCCUCGAGCACAACGACCUCCGUUACAUAUCUGGUUACAGUUUGGAGUUUUUGGACAACAUGGAAAAGCUGGACCUCAGUCAUAACCAUCUGGCGUCCGUGGGCCCCGGUGUGUUCAGGGGCCUCUCCAGACUCAGACAGCUGUAUCUGCACAACAACAGACUGACAGCCGUGCAGCAGGGAAGCCUCGACAUGCUGCCAGGGCUGGAGGUGCUGCAGCUGAGCAGCAACAACAUCUCCCACAUCGACAGCGACGCGCUGGCUCCUCUCUACAGUCUGGCUGUUCUGAGUCUGGAGGGAAACAGCCUUCAUCACCUGAAGUUUAAGACGUUCAUCAGCCUUCACACCACAGCCACACACAUCCAGCUCUCAGGUAAAUCUCAGCAGGUUUUCUACCAGUAUUUUCUGCUGCACCGAGUCUUCAGUAAGAUCCUGCAUGUUCGCCACCUCCACAUCGACGACUACCAAAACGUGACGUGUCAGGAGCCCCCGCAGCUGAUGGGGGCGUCCCUGGCCUGGGUAGACAGCCAGCUGUGCAUCGCAGAGACCGCCACGGUGCUCGUCAUCACCGUCACCGUGCUGGUCACCGUGGUGGCCGCCGUGGUGAUGGCAGAGAGGAACAGGAAGCGGAACCGCGGGAAGAACUGGGACACGGAGUCUCAGAGUCCUCCGUCUUGA